AAAUGGAAAAUAUCCGUCAGAGGGAUAGGGACACCCAUCUCUGCUAAAACAUUUUCUUCCUAAUUCGUGUAAUAAGAAAAAAAGCAAAGUUUGUGCGGAAAAGUGAACUUUCAAGCAAUCCACGUAGAAGUAUUUGCUAAGUUUUAGUGUAUUGUAGUAGGAAUUUCAUUUGACUACCAACAGCAAUAGCAAUUUCGAUGCUUGGCACCUCCUAAAAAAAAUGAUUUCAUGCAGCUCAAUGUGAAUUUUGCGACAAUACAGUGCUGAAUUUCCAACUCUGAUCAUGUUUCACUUGCUCAAAUCACUGCGACUUCUCUCCUGGACCUCCUUCUUUCUCAUCUCCAUCUUCGUGCUCAAGUUUGCAAAUAGCUCAGAGGAUGAGGAGAGAUUGGUGCGUGAUCUCUUCCGUGGUUACAAUAAACUCAUCCGCCCUGUGCAAAAUAUGACACAGAAGGUGGAUGUUCGCUUUGGACUGGCCUUCGUGCAGCUCAUCAAUGUGAAUGAAAAGAAUCAAAUUAUGAAAUCUAAUGUAUGGCUCCGUCUUGUCUGGAGUGACUACCAACUGCAGUGGGACGAGGCCGAUUAUGGGGGUAUUGGGGUACUACGCCUACCCCCUGAUAAAGUGUGGAAACCCGACAUUGUCCUCUUCAACAACGCCGAUGGCAACUACGAGGUUCGUUACAAAUCCAACGUACUCAUCUAUCCAAAUGGUGAAGUACUUUGGGUGCCUCCGGCUAUUUACCAGAGUUCCUGCACAAUCGAUGUGACCUACUUUCCAUUUGAUCAACAAACGUGCAUCAUGAAGUUCGGCUCGUGGACUUUCAACGGUGACCAGGUGUCCCUGGCGCUGUACAACAAUAAGAAUUUUGUGGAUCUCUCGGAUUACUGGAAGUCAGGAACGUGGGACAUCAUCGAGGUACCGGCAUACCUGAAUGUGUACCAAGGCAAUGGGAAUCAUCCCACAGAGACAGACAUUACAUUCUACAUCAUCAUCAGGCGCAAGACACUCUUCUACACGGUGAAUUUAAUCCUCCCCACGGUGCUCAUUUCCUUCCUUUGCGUCCUUGUCUUCUACCUACCCGCCGAGGCGGGUGAGAAGGUAACCCUUGGCAUCAGUAUUCUCCUAUCGCUGGUUGUGUUUCUCUUGCUCGUAUCGAAAAUCCUCCCGCCAACAUCCCUGGUGCUUCCACUGAUUGCCAAGUACCUCCUCUUCACCUUCAUCAUGAACACCGUCUCCAUCCUCGUCACGGUAAUCAUUAUCAAUUGGAACUUCCGUGGUCCCCGUACUCAUCGUAUGCCGCUGUGGAUUCGCUCGGUUUUCCUACACUACCUCCCCGCAAUGCUACUCAUGAAGCGUCCACGUAAGACGCGUCUCCGUUGGAUGAUGGAGAUGCCCGGUAUGAGUGUGCCACCGCAUCAGCAUCCCUCCUACGGUAGCCCCACGGAGAUCCCCAAGCAUUUGGGUGCCAUUGGGGCGGCUAAGCAGGCUAAAAUGGAGGUGAUGGAGCUAUCGGAUCUCCACCAUCCCAAUUGCAAGAUUAACAGGAAGAUGAAUUCGGGACCCGAAAUCGGCGCACUCGGGGAUCCCUGUAGGCGCGAGAGCGAAAGCUCCGACUCAAUUCUUCUCUCCCCAGAGGCUAGUAAAGCCACUGAAGCUGUCGAAUUUAUUGCUGAGCAUCUCAGAAAUGAGGAUUUGUACAUUCAAACAAGAGAAGACUGGAAGUACGUCGCGAUGGUAAUCGAUCGUCUCCAGCUCUACAUCUUUUUCAUCGUCACCACAGCCGGUACGGUGGGUAUCCUUAUGGAUGCACCACACAUAUUUGAGUACGUAGAUCAAGAUCGCAUCAUUGAGAUCUACCGUGGCAAGUAAGAUCACCCACACACAAAAAAAUCCAGUAGUAGAAAUACGAAAGAAAACACGUGUUAUGAAGCAGUUAACGAUCAAUGAGCAGUUAAAAUAUCAUGAUAAAAAUUAUAUAGUAAAAAUGAAGAAAUAAUAAUUGAAAAUUGUGUUGGAUAUUUUAUGAGCGACGCUUUUCAUCAUAAGCCUGCAAAUUUUCACAUUUCCCAAAAAAAACAAACACACACCUUAAGAAAACGCUCUUCCAAAAAACUAAAAAAAAAAGAUUAAAUAAAGAUGAAAAAGCAGAUUUAAUUAGAUAAAUUAUAAAUGACGAGAGAAAGUAAAUAUAUUAAAAAAAAGAACGAAUAUUAAUAAAAAAAAUCCCCUCAUAGAGUUAGUGAUUUUUUAUUAGAUUUUUUCACUUUGUUCUGUCUUUAUCAUAGUGAAAGAAAGAAAAAAUUAUAAGAAUUCUUCCAACGAAAAUCCUUGUGAUUUAUUUGCGACGAAAUUUGCCAAAAAAAGUAAAUUUUUCUAUAAGAAAAUGGUUCUAUACGUUUGAGGUGAAGAAGACAUUUUUAUCUAAAUAGGAUUCUUCUUAAGUAAAAAGAAUUUUUACUCAAAAAAAAAAUGGAUAAAUGACUCUUUUGCUCAUUUUUAUGUGUGUUCGGCCCCCGCCCCCUCUUUUUAGCGCGAAAGCAAAAUCUUAUUAUAUACCAACCAAUUUAUGUGUUAAGAAAGAAAGAAAGGUUGCACAAUAAUCUCCCUAGUGAAUUGAUUGUUAAGAACAUAAAAAAGUAAACAAAAAAAACUAUUAACUAAUGAAAACCCAUACGUAUGUAAAGAAAGUAUUAGUGAGAUGAAAAAAAAAAAAGAAAAAAUAUUGAAAAUCAAAGGUUUUUUAUAUAGACACAAUACUUCGUUUUUUGCUCACACAGGACUCGUCAUUAAGUUUCUCAAUUUUUUUUUAAAGGAAAAACUAUUAUUACAAAAUAUUUAAAAGAAAACUGGUAUAUAACAGAGUAGAGAAAUGAAUUUGUUGAGAUAUUUUGCCAAUGGAAAAGUAAAAUCAGAGAAGACUUUCGAAGUAACUACACAAAGUCUCCGAAAAAAAAGGUGAAAAAAAUAGUUUAUUAAAAUGUAACGAGUUAACGUUUGAAGUUUCUUUUUUUGUACUUUUCCACAGAUAUUGAAUC